CAAAAUAUAAAAUGGUGUUGACGAAUUUUGUUAUCGCUUAAAAAAUAUAUUUUUUUUUAAUAAUGUUUUGAACAAUUUGUAUGCGAUUUUCAAAUUGUUUAUCGCAAGACCCUUUAAACAAUCUGAAGUGAACAAUAAUUCAUAAAGUGGUGUGAUGCUGCUUUACAAUGAAAAAAAUUGUUUCAAUGUGAAUUUUUUUUUUAAAUAAAAUCCAAAAAUUAAGAUUUUAUUUCAGUACUAAAAAAAUUAAAAAAGAAAAACAAACCAAAACAAAUACAAAUAAUAUUAAAUGCAAUAAAAAAAAAACAGAAUCUUUAAACUACAUUAAUUAAAUAUAACAUUCUUAAAAAUAAGAAACAAAAAUGGCAGUAAUACAAGUUUUUCUUUAUCAAACAAAUGAAUUCUCGGUAUUUCCAUACAAUUCGAGCAUUACCUGCGAGGAUAUAUGCAUUUUGUGCUGCAAGUCACUUAACAUUCUGCCAGCAGCUCGCUUGUUAUUUGGACUACGUGUAGCCGAUACCGAGGAGUGGCUUUUUCCAUGCCAAAUACCCAAAUUAAGUGUUAAAUAUGAAUUCCGUAUGCGCUUCAAAGUCCCUGAAUUGGAUAGCUUGUAUGCAAUUGAUCCAAAUGCAUACGAAUACUUGUACUUACAAAUAAGGUAUGAUAUGGUUAAUGAUCGCAUUAGUGAAAUCCGGUAUCCCUUGAAAAAGGACAAUGUUGUUGGACUGGGAGUUGUUGAUAUGUAUAUCGAUUAUAUUGAAAACAAAGGUACUGUGGAGAGUAUUGAGAGGAAUUACAAAGAUUAUCUGCCACCGCAGAUUGUAAAGAAGCACAAGUUUUUUGCUAAAAAUAUCAUACGUAAUGGGUUUCAAGCUAUACGCGGUACAACUCAAGAAUUGAAGUAUGUGAAGAGUUCUUAUAUGCAUACUUUUGCUGGUCUUGCACCGAAUUAUUUGAGAGAGUAUUUUAAUGCGACGGUUCAACGUAUGCCAGAUGGGGAAGAUGCAGCUGAUCGUAGUGGACGUUAUCCGGUUACUGUUGAUUUGGAUCUAUUUGGUGAUGAAGACCCUUCGAUAAAGGUUUCGCUGAAAUUUAAAAAGCAGUGGGUAAUGAUUACAGAACUGGAAAAUUUACACGCUCUAUAUAGAGAAGAUGAACAUCGCGUUCGUUUGGAUCUAAAUGGACCCUUGAAAGACUAUUACUUGGAGUUUAAUCGCCCAUAUGAGUUGACGUCAUUUAUGUCUUACGUAUCAGGAUACUUCAGGCUCAUGACCAAAUGGAUGUUUGAUCCGUGUGUAGACUUUGUGACUCCGUCUUUGAUGGAACUAAAACGUAUAAGUUGUCAUGGUCCAGUGGGUGGUGAAUUUUCAUAUGCAAAGAUCCGGGAACUAGGUAAGGGAUGUGGAAGCUACAUUGUUCGACAGUGUGAAUUGGAAUACGAUACUUAUUACAUCGAUAUUGUUACAAAAAGAAAACAACCAGAAACUUUUAAGAUAACUAGAAAUGGUGAAAAAUGGACAUUACACAUGAAUGGAAUUACAUGUUCCAAAGAUUUGACUGAUUUAGUUUCUAAGAUACCAACAGACUCGAAGUCCAGGCUACGGAUAACACCUUCUGACUACGAUAAACCGUUGUUGUUGCUAAUAUGUUUACCAAGAAAUCGAUUACAAAAAACUACUGACAACGAAAUUAAAAAAGAAAAACUCCAAGAAAAUCGUCCACAAAUAUUUGAUCCCAAAAAAGAUCUUCAGUGGUAUAUCCAUUCAGUCACUCGAAGCGUUUGUGGUAGAAUGACAUGUCGUUUAGCGGAAUGGAUUCAGCCAAGUGGAGUUAAGAAUGUUAAAGUAACUUUGAAAGUUUUAAAUUAUGAAUCCGACUUUGGGGCUUUUAUGGAAUUGUCAAAUACAUGGAGCCGAAUAUACUCGACUGAUUUUUUAAAAAUGUACGGACUUACACUGACAACUCCGUAUACAAUGAUUAUGGAGAACUCUAAAUACGGACCACUUAAUAAAUUUUUAUUAUCUUCAAAAAAUAAGGUUACAUUUCAAAAUUUGCUAGAUGUAACAAAUGGCUUGGUUCGUGGUGUUGCAUUUAUGCAAGAAAAAAGAAUAUACCAUGGACAGAUUCGAUGUAGUUCUUUGAUGGUGACUAGUUUUGAUCCAGAUAAAAAUAUACUCAUUGCCAAAAUAUCUGACCCUGGAAUAAGGCGAACAUAUGAUCCGACAAAAGACUUACCAUGGAUACCAAUGAACUUCCAUUCGAAUCCAGCCAAUAACCAACUCGAUCUCUAUUCUGAACUAUGGGCUUUUGCCACAACUGUUUGGGAAAUUUUUGCACGUGCUCAACCCAUCCAACAUUUAACUGCACAAGAACUCUCACGAAAUUAUAGAAUUUAUGGAGCGAUUUUAGAAAUCCCAGAUGAAUGGCCCGAGGAAAUUCGUGUAAUAAUUAUGAAUGGCUGGCAAUUGAAUGAUGGAGUACGUUUUGAUAAAAUGGACAUAUUGAGCAAACUCAAUGUUAUAAAGCGACAACUGUCGUCAACCAAUUCAACCAUGAAUCCGCCAAAUAUGGACGAUGAUAAUAAAUCAUUGACUCUUUCUACAUCUAGUAAUGGAACUGAAAAUGCUUGCCAAAACUUUCCCAAUGGAGAUAUCUGGCCCGAUAAUUAUUUUGAUGAUACUCGAACCGUGCAAAUAAUACCAGAAGGUAAAUUGAUUAGAGAUAAAAAGAUUGGUGAGGGUCACUAUGGUAAGGUGUUCCGUGGUGAACUUCAUUAUUACAAUCAAAAUAGUCCUAUCACCGUUGCCAUAAAAGUUCUAAAACACAUGGAUCAAGGAUGUAUUGGUAUUGAUUUUGAUAGAGAAAUUAAUAUAAUGCAGGGCUUAAACCAUCCAAAUAUAGUAAAAAUAAUUACGUCUACUUAUGACGAACCUAUGUCAAUUGUAAUGGAGUACUUAAAAUGUGGAUCGUUCGAUGUUUAUUUAUCAUCUCAGAAGCCAAAUCUUACAAAUGAAAGACUCUUAAUGUUUGCCCUGGACAUUGCGAAGGGUAUGGAAUAUCUUGAGACUAAGGGCAUAAUUCAUAGAGAUUUAGCAGCCAGAAAUAUAUUAGUUGAUGGUGAGAGUGUAAAAAUCUCGGACUUUGGUCUUGCACAGCAUGCCAACAACAAAGGCUAUUAUGUGUCACAAAAUGUAAGAAAAAUUCCAAUUAGAUGGUAUGCUCUUGAAUCUCUUCUUUCAAACAAAUUCUCAUCUUCUUCGGAUGUGUGGUCUUACGGAGUAACAUUGUUUGAAAUAUUUACACGAGGGGAAGAGCCCAAUCUUGAUGGUGUUGAAUUGAAUGGCGAUGAAUUUAUUAGUAGACUUGAAAAAGGAGAUAGGCUGCAUAAACCAAAAUUAUGUCCACAAAUUGUAUACGACAAACUGAUGGUGCCAAGCUGGCACAAAGUAAAGGAAAAACGUCCAACUUUUACCGAAAUUAUUAAAAUUAUUCAUUUCAUUCAAAAUGAGAGUGGAGAGCUUAUUUAGAAAAUUUUACAGGCGGGUUAUUAUAUCAACCCGAUAUUAUUAUAAAUAUGAUAGCAUUUAUUUAGAAAUUUAGGUAAAAUGAUUUUUUUUAUAUAAAAUAGUUAGAGGAUCGAAUAUUCAUUAUAUUAUACAUAUUAUACGUGUACAAAUAAUAGUCACUGUGUUAUUUGUUGUUUAAACAAGUGCUUAAGUUAUUUUUUAAUUUUUUUAAUUAAAAACAAA